AUGGAUCUGCUGGUGAUGAUGAACGGAGGUGCUUUCAAGUCGUCGCCGCGAAUCACACACCACCAGGCAGUGGAAGAAGAUGAUGAAGUUUGUCGUUGUCGUAUGCCGCCCUCCCUCGCUGUCUCUAACUAUCUCUGCGAUUUCUUUAUUCUUCGCUUCUAUGAUCGUCUCAUCUUCCUUCAUCUUCUCGGUUUUCCAUCAGGUCUUGGAACCAAACGAGUUAGAUUAAUUGGGCUUGGAAAAGCCCCAAUAACUUCAUCUUCUUCCGUUUUUGCUUAUCGAAGUCUUGGUGAAUCUGUUGCUUUAUCUGCUAAAACUUCUCAAGGUAACAAUGUUGUUGUUGCUCUUGCUUCUUCACAUGACUUAACUAUUGGAUUGAAGCUUACAACUGCCUCAACAAUAGCAACUGGUGCAUUGUUAGGGACAUAUGAAGAUAACAUAUUUAAAUAUGAGUCAAAGAAACCUUCUCUCAAGUCAAUUGGCUUUCUUAACCUUGGAGAGGUAUUAGCGGAAGAAGCCGAAAAGAUUGCUUCAACAAUCAAUUGUGAUAAGUUAUCUGAUAUAGGGUUUGGGACAACGGAUUGUUUAGGACAUGUUGGCCUUGUAACCGAGCUCAUGAAGAAGACAAAGCCAAAACUUAAAUCUAGUGUGGUUGUUGUUUACAUGAAUGUGGUGUGA